CACAAUUACUGUUAUACACUGAGUACAAUGAUACAUCCAGGACCUUAAGUCUUGAAAUUGUCACUUGUGGAUUGCUGUGGUCAUUCAUGCAGUUCUGGGUCAGACUGGUUCAGAGCCUAUCCAAGAAACUAUGGAUGCUUCCUGAUGACACAGGCAGAAGGGGCACACACUCCAGGGCAGAGACUUGGCGAUCUGAUGAAGGAGCUGAGCUCCUCUGAUGUGGAGAGGCAGGAGAAAGCGGUGCAAAAGGCAGACCGCCUCAUGUCCGCCUGGGAGGACAGCGAUCCGGGCAGGACGCGACGUAACCACACCGUCAUCAACAGCAGUCCCUCUCCGCAUCCGACCGCUCAAGAACAUCCAUCAAAUUAUUCUGAUUUAACUUCAGAGAGUUUUAUGAAGGUUUUAGAAAUGGAUUCAGAGGACAGGAGAAAAAGGAGGAAGGAAAAUGAAAAGAUAGCAAACGCCUUCAAGGUGAAGGGGAAUGAGGCUUUUGCCCAGGGAGACUAUGAGGCCGCAGUACAGCAGUACACUGCUGGGCUCAAUGCCCUUCGAGACAUGGAGGUCCUGUAUACCAACAGAGCACAGGCCUUUAUCAAACUGAGGAAGUACAAAGAGGCCAUUAGUGACUCUGAGUGGGCACUCAAGUGCAAUGAGAAGAGCAUAAAGGCCUUUGUGCUCAUGGGAAGAGCACACACAGCGCUGCAGGAAUACACAGAGGCACGGCUUUGCUAUCAACGUGUCCUUGACAUCGAACCUGGCAGGGCCGCCAUGAUAAAAGAGUAUCUGACUCGCGUGGACCUGCAGGAGAAAUCAGACGGCCAGGAGAGAGAGGCCCGAGUGGAGCUGGGUCAGGGGACGGAAAGGGCCUCUGCGGUGAGAGAGCUGCUGAAAAAGAUGGAGAAACCAGACAAGGCUGCCCUGUACUACUGUGGAGGAUUGGAGGCUCUGACGGACGCUGUGGCUGACAGCACAGGACAGACACUGUUCCGGCUUCACAAUGGCUUCAGUGUUGUCGACAGCAAUGGCACUGUAAGGAGCUGUCUCUCUCAGGAUGCAGGGGGGGCUUUCACUGCUCAGCUCCGUGUUUCCGUGCUGAGGCUGUGGAGGAGGGUCUGCCAGGACAACGAAGAAAACCAACAAGUGCUAAUAGAUCGUCCGAGCAGCGGAAGGUGCAUUGUGGAUCUGUUAGCAUCAGGAAAUGCUACAGUACAGACAGAGUGCCUGGCUCUGCUGCAGCUGUACAUUCAUACUCAGCAUGGGAGGCAUCUGACCAUCGCACACCUCAAUCUGCACAAGUUGGUGGAGAACUUGUGGACAUGCCUGUCAGCCCUCCCCAGCUUGGAAGCCAAGGCUCUCGAGGUGCUGCAGGGCCUGGCGGUGGAACGCAGAUUUCAAAUUCAGAUGAGAGACAAUUUUACAAAAUUAUUUGUGCCAACUUUAGUUUACCAACUGAGAAAUAUUAAUACAACCAACCAGAACAGCCUUGCUCGCGUCAUAUUGAUUGUUGGAAGUAUGGCAGCUGAUGAUGUCAUUUGUAAGGAGACUGCUGGUCUCCAGGAAUGCUGGGAUGCCUUUGCUGUUGCCAUGGAGCAAGCCAGUGGCGCUGAACACAGGGAAACUCUCUGCACACUGUCACUUCUGAUAAUGAAGCUCUCUGCCAGUGCAUCCUCUGCCAUACAGCAGGAGUUUGCCGUCCGCGCAGGACGUGUGUGCCUGCGUCUGUUGAAUGAUCCUGAAGGUAGUAUUAUCACGAGGGCUGUAGGCCUCCUGAGUGUGCUCCUUCCAUGCUCCCCCGUCGCCAUCCAGGAAGCCGCGGAGGCAGGACUCGUAAAGAAGAUGCUGAGGAUACUGAAGGCGCCCAAUAUGGGCCUGACCAGGACUCGGUGCUCCAUGAAAACCCUGGCCGUGUGCACAGGUGCGAGCCGGCAGGCCCGUGCGGAGCUGCUGUGCCUGGACAAGAGGUUGGGCGUCCUGAGAAAGCUGCUGUCCAACAGUGACGAGGUGGUGGCGGGAAACGCCGCUCUGUGCCUGGGGCACUGCGUGGGGGAACGGGGGGUGGCCCGCGCCCUGCUGGACUCCGACGUGCUGCCGCUGCUGCUCCGCCUGGCUGGGGGGGACGCGGGGGGCGAGGGAGUGCAGCGGAACGCCGCUGUGGCCCUGGGCAAGCUGUGCGUCUCUGAACCCAGGCACACUGUCAAGCUGAGGGAGCUUCACGGUUUAGAAAUACUUCAUUCCUGCAUGAAGCUGGUGGCCUGAGACCUCACUCACUCACCAGCUCGCACCGUUUGCUAUCGCAGUUCCCGGUGCCUCAGAGAACCGGCCCCCAGGGAUGAUGCAGUCACUUCUUGCCGUAUGGAUGACCCCCGCUUCAUAACGAUUGAACUAUCCCCCUUUUAUGCCUGUUUUUAUUGUGACUGCUCUUUUUCCUGGUGUUUGAUUACAAAAUUAUAACCGAAAAAAUGUAAAUGCUAGCGUUGAUUCUUUCAGAAAAAUGUGAAGACCUUGUAUGCUUAUGUCAUACAUAUAUGCUUAAACAUUUUGGGCAUUUUUGUUCUCCCAGAGUGAGCAGCUGUGUGUCAGGUGAGAACAGUCAUUGGACCUGGAGAUAUGAUGCUCCCUAUAUAAACCAGGCAGUGGGUUCACUAUCAAUGACAUACUGAGUCCUACUGUAUAUGAACCACAUGUUAGACCCAGUAUGAAUCAUAUGACAAGCUCCAUUUACGUGGUACAUACAUCAUUCUUGGAGGUUGGAGGUUUUAACUACCUCCAACAAAAAAAAUCAUUUCCCUGUACGCUUCUACCACUACGAAAAGUUUCUUACAACAAAAUGAGUUUUUUUUUUUUUUUUUUGGAAAAUGAGCAGCUAUGUGUUUGUAAUCGCAUAACCGUGAAAGAGAGAGAGAGCCUGUGCACACAAAUGAAACCUCUGAAAGCUCAGCCCAGGAUGCAGGACAGAAACAUGGACGACUGGGUUUUUGUUCUGUGUGACGCACAUUGCUCAGAUGGGGAAAUCUAACUCCACCAUAAAUGAGGCAGAGGACUGAAAAGGCGCGAGGCGGGGUUGGGGAACCGCAAAAUUCUGCGGGUAAGGAGGUUCUCGUACACCGUCUCAGAGUGAAAUCGGACUUUCCUUGAAGUUGAAUCAAUUUCUAAAAAUGAGAAUAAACAUAUUGCAUUUAAUGUUGCUUGUUUCUGGACAAAUGGGUAAGUUUCUUUAGACUUUUUCAUUGUAAAAUAAUGUUUAAUGCUGUAUUAUAACAAGGCAGCUUAAAACUUACGUUUAUUGUUCUGUUUUUAAUUCAUUGUCAUUUAUGCAAUUCUUUUUUGAAUGUAGAAGAUUAAAAAUUCUUUAUUAAAUCAUUUGUGACAACUCGUGGAGUAACGACACUUUACUAUGCACUGUUUUAGAAAGGAACC